CUCCGGGGGAUGGCGGGGGUGUCCCGACCCCCGGGUCGCGCGUUCCAAGCAGGCGCGCGGCGAGGCAGCCCCGGCGGCGGGGGGAAGGAGCUGUGCGCAGGCGCAGUGCGGGCCCGUGGGGUCUUGUCACGCCGUGAGGGAGAGGGGGCCGCCAUGUUAUCAUCGGGGGCGGUGGGGACGGCGGGACGGGCCCUGAGCCGGGCUUUGAGCCUGAGCCACGGGCUGGGCACGGUGGUGGUGGAACGCUGGUGGCAGGUGCCCCUGAGCAAGGAGGGGAAGCGGCCCCGGCUGCACCCCCGACGGCACCGCAUCUACCGCCUGCUCCAGGACUCCAAACACCUGCCCAGGGGCUCCAUGGAGCUCCUUCUCACCCAGGCCGUGGAGGACCUGGGCACUCGUGGGGAUGUGGUGAGUGUGAAGAAGAGCCUGGGGAGGAACAAGCUGCUUCCCCAGGGAUUGGCUGUUUAUCCAUCCCCAGAAAACCUCCGCAUGUUCCAGGAGGAGAAGAAGGAAGGGAAGCUGGAAGUUCUCCAAACCCAGAGUGGGGAGAAGACCCUCAAAUUCCUGCGGAGCUGCCGCCUGGAGGUUGGGAUGAAAAACAACGUCAAGUGGGAGCUCAGCCCCGAGAUUGUGGCUCGGCACUUCCUCAAGAACCUGGGGGUGUUUGUGCCCCCCCACGCACUGAAGCUGCCGGAGGAGCCCAUCACACGCUGGGGGGACUAUUGGUGUGACGUCACGGUGAACGGGCUGGACACAGUGCGUGUCCCCAUGGCUGUGGUGCAGUUCCUGCACCCCAAAACCAAGCGCUACCGGCACUGGGUGCAGCAGCAGCAGAAGGAGCUGCAGGCCCGCAGGGAGCAGCUCCUGUGAGAUCCCCCUGACCACGGGGGUCCGAGGAUGGAUCUGGGUCUUCACUCCCCUGGGCCCCUCCCCAUCUUGAGGGAACUCUGGACGGGUGUCCAGUCAGUGAAGCAGAAGCUCCUGGGACAAGAGGGAGUUUUGGGGAGCUCUGGAGUUCCUGGGAGACCCCAAACCCUGUCAAGACUCCCUGAAAAACCAGGGGGGAUCGUCCCAGAAUGGAUUUGGUGGGGUUCAACCCCCUGGAAUCCCCCCCAUGACCUGUGGGGAACUCCUGGAUUCUGGAGCAGCAGCUCCCUGGAAGAGCGGGAGUUUUGGGGGAUUCCCAGGGGUUUCGGGGGCUCUGGAGUUCCUGUGAGAGCCCCAGAACCCCCCAGCACCCCAGGAGGGUCCUGGAAUGGAUUUGGGGGAGGUUCACCCCCCUGGAAUCCCCUCUAUCACCUGUGGGGAACUCCUGGAUUCUGGAGCAGCCUUUCCCUGGAAAAGGGAGGUCUCAGCCUUUUUUUUGGGAGAGGGUCUCCGAGGUUUGGGGGGCUCACAGGAUUUUGAGGGGAAAACGCUGUUUUUGGGUGUUUUCCUCUGGUGGAAAAAUGAUGGGUUUUUAAUGAAUUGUGAA